GGGGCGUUCGCGAGGGGGCGCGGGAGCCGGAGCCCGAGCCGGAGCCCGAGCCGGAGCCGAGCGGCGGCGGCGGCGGCGGCGGCGGCGGCGGGGCGGGGGCCGAGGAGGAGGAGCGCGCGCCGCCAUGGCCGCCGCUCUCGCCGACAUGGCCGACCUGGAGGAGCUCUCCCGCCUGAGCCCUCCGCCCGCCGGCCGGCCCGAGCCCCCGCCGGAGGAGGAGGAGGAGGACGAGGAGGAGGCGGCGGCGGCGGCGGCCGAGGCCCAGGCGGUGGCGGCGCUGCUGCUGCAGGGCGGCGGGGGCGGCGGCGGCGGCGGCGGCGGCGCGGGGGGCGGCGAGGCGGAGACCAUGUCGGAGCCGAGCCCCGAGAGCGCCAGCCAGGCCGGGCUGGACGAGGACGAGGACGAGGACGACGAGGAGGACGAGGAGGAGGAGGAGGAGGACGAGGAGGAGGAGGAGGAGGAGGAGGACGCGAGCAGCAGCAGCGGCGGCGCCGAGGAGGAGAGCAGCGCCGAGAGCCUGGUGGGCAGCAGCGGCGGCGGCAGCAGCGGCGACGAGACGCGCUCGCUGAGCCCCGGCGCCGCCAGCAGCAGCAGCGGCGAUGGGGACGCCAAGGAGGGCCUGGAGGAGCCCAAGGGACCGCGGGGCGGCGGGGGCGGCGGCGGGGGCGGCAGCAGCAGCAGCAGCGUCGUCUCCAGCGGCGGCGACGAGGGCUACGGCACCGGGGGCGGCGGCGGCAGCGCGACCUCGGGCGGCCGGCGGGGCAGCCUGGAGAUGUCGUCGGACGGGGAGCCGCUGAGCCGCAUGGACUCGGAGGACAGCAUAAGCAGUACUAUAAUGGAUGUAGACAGCACAAUUUCCAGUGGGCGCUCAACUCCAGCAAUGAUGAACGGACAAGGAAGCACUACUUCUUCAAGCAAAAAUAUUGCCUAUAAUUGUUGUUGGGACCAGUGCCAGGCUUGCUUCACCUCUAGCCCAGAUCUGGCAGAUCACAUCCGUUCCAUACAUGUAGAUGGUCAGCGAGGAGGGGUGUUUGUGUGCUUAUGGAAGGGUUGCAAAGUCUAUAACACUCCGUCCACCAGUCAGAGUUGGCUGCAGAGGCACAUGCUGACGCACAGUGGAGACAAGCCUUUCAAGUGUGUCGUCGGCGGCUGCAAUGCCAGCUUCGCGUCUCAGGGAGGGCUCGCCCGCCACGUGCCCACACACUUCAGCCAGCAGAACUCCUCGAAAGUCUCCAGCCAGCCCAAGGCCAAAGAAGAGUCUCCGUCUAAAGCUGGGAUGAACAAAAGGAGGAAAUUAAAGAACAAACGGCGACGCUCAUUGCCACGGCCGCAUGAUUUCUUCGAUGCACAGACACUGGAUGCCAUAAGACAUCGAGCCAUAUGCUUUAACCUCUCAGCUCAUAUAGAAAGUUUAGGGAAGGGGCACAGUGUGGUUUUUCAUAGUACUGUAAUAGCUAAGAGGAAAGAGGAUUCUGGAAAGAUAAAACUUUUGCUUCAUUGGAUGCCUGAAGACAUUUUGCCUGAUGUGUGGGUGAAUGAAAGUGAACGACACCAGUUAAAAACGAAAGUAGUUCAUUUAUCAAAGCUCCCCAAAGAUACUGCCUUGCUUUUGGACCCAAACAUAUACAGAACAAUGCCACAGAAGAGGUUGAAGAGAACUCUGAUAAGAAAAGUGUUCAAUUUGUAUUUAAGCAAACAGUGAACGGCAUUUGCAAUCAACUAAAAAUCCGUCUCUCGAAUUAGGGCUGAACAUUUCUGUUAAAGAGUGUUGCAGCCUGCCCGGUGCCCCUUGCAGGACUAGGCUUUCUCAUGGAGUGCAGUAUGUUAAUAUUGACCUAGAGAACUCACUUGCUAACGGUUUUCGAAAAACCUAUUUCAAAUCAUUUGAAUAAUCCUCCUGUUUUGUUUUUUUAUCCUCUAUAAGACUCUAUAAUUUGUUUUUUUCUGAGGAAAGCGUUUGGUUUUUGAGGUUUUUUUUUUUCUUAAUGUAAGAAAAAUUGUAUUUUUUUUAAAAUAUCUUCAAACUGAAUCCUUUAUGCACCAAAGUUGGUUUUGAAAGGAAAAAAUAAAAUCACUUUCUUGCUUGGUAAGCAAGGAGCCAUAUGGAUUUUUUUUAACUUACAGAAAUGGAAAUAUGUGUAACUUGUUAGUAUUGUAUCAAACAAAUGUUGCAUAGAGAUAAUAGAACAUUGCUUGUAAAUAAUUCAGCAGAUUUGUAAUAUAUUUUUAUAUUAUGAAAUGUACUGUAGAUGUUUUUCUAGAGGCAUGAAAGUUAAAUGUAUAUAUUAUGGGUAGAAAUAAUAUUGAAGGAUAUUGUAAUUCACUAGUGCUGCCAGAGGAAUUGUUAAUAAAGCACCUUCUUAACAAUAAAUGUCUUUUACAGACUUAAGGGACUAUGUACUACUGUUAAUAUCUGUAAGAACAAAACACAUUGAACAUCCUUCCAGAAAGUCUUUUAGGGGAGGACCUAUACCCAUAAUAGAAUUAUGGCACUCAUUUCUGACAGUAACCGUGAAAUGAUUUCCUUACUGUUGGAAGUACAUAUUGUAAAGUAUAUGGUUAUUUGCAGUCAAACUGCAGAAAAUACUCCUGAUUGAGGAGUUUUCACUUUACUACAGUGAUAGAAAACCAGCAGUUUUUACACUAAAUUUUUUAAGAAAAUAAUAGACAAAAAUUAGAGAAUUUAGCCUUUGGUUCCAAAAUGGGAAAGGUUCCAUGAUACAUAACCAUUUGUCAUUUACUUUGAAAAAAAAAAUUAUGGGAGACUUUUUAUUCAUUGACAAUGGGGGUAAAGAGCUAUAUACAUUAAAUGAGUCAUAUAAAAUUUAAUGAAGUGCCAAUAGGAGCACGGCUACUAUAAGACAUUCUGGAAUGGUUGUUUAAUAAGGGUAUUAUUCAUAUGAUCUGUAGCAAAUGUGACUUUAUUUUUUACAAAAAGGUGUGUUUUCUUACCCUUUUUUUGUUUUCUUUUGCUUAAGCACUUCAUCAUUGCUUUAUUCUGUAUCUUCGAAGUAAUCUGCAAUCUCUUUUGUUCUUUACAUUUUUUGAUUUGUUAUAAACUUGCCAAAUAGAGGUGUUUCGGAGACAUAGUUUGUACCUGUAUUUUUUUAUUUUGUUGCCUCAUGUUCUUGUAAGUCAUUCUUAAUUGACCGAUGAUUGUAGACCUUGCCUGAGUAUUUUUUCUAAUAAAACAAAGCAAAUCACACUUAGCUUCAAAACUGUAACAGUUCAAUUAUAUUUUCUUAGGAGCACAAGAAAGAGGUGAUUUUAAUUGUGUAAAAAUAUUUAGCUCCUGAGACCAAGUUUUCAUGGUUGUAGAAUAACUCUGAACACUCAGUCACGUAUCCUUGCCAGCGUAUCUGACUUGGAUCUGGUUCUUCUAGUAAAGAACACCGAUAAGAAUAUGGACCGAGAUAGCUCUGGAAUUGGCCUACCGCAUACCCACGUGCAGUUUAUGGUUGGGAAAGAGGUGACUGGGGGUGGGUGGGCGGGGCCCAGGGCUGCGUGACUCUGGGCUCCCUGCUGGCUGGCACUGAGCCGCCCUGUCCUCCAGGCCCCCGUAACGCUGUCCGAGUCUAGUCCUCUUCCGGGGUGUCAGUCCACCACUGCUGCUUCCUAGGAAGUGCCCGCUCUGUUCCCUGAUGCGGCACCGAGAGAGUCUGCCGCCUUCUGCGUGUCUCCAGCCGGGGUUCCCUUCCCUCCUGCCCUUCCUCCCGGCCACAAGCCUGAAACGUUCACUGUCUGACCUUUGAAGGGAAAUUGGCCGUUCCCUGGGCGGACUCACGAAAUUCGGGGGAAACAAACUUUAGACCACACAGUUUGCAUUCUAGUACAGUAUUAUUGGUUUUGGUGAUAAGCCAGGACAUUAAAUUGCAGUGGGCAGCAACUUGAUACACUUGACAGUAAAUAUUGCCAGGUUAGGGACCUGCAGGAAAUGGUGGUGUAUUCUUUUUUCCUCCAAACUUUUACACUGAGUUUCUUAACAGUUACUAACAUUUUAUCAUUUAUGUUUUGUAUUUUGUUUUACUAAGUAGGACUAAACGAGAUUUUGUAAAUCAGAUCAUGCUUAAACCGUAAGGCACAGAUGCUCUAUCUAAAUCUUGGAAGUAGAAACUAGGGUAGAAUUUAAAGUUGUUUAUUUUUCUAAUAAACAUAUAAAUCUUCCUAAAGUAGAUAAUGCAUUACUUUUGAAUUUCAGAUGAAAGGAGAUGGCGAGGAGAUGGAUGAUAGCUGAUCUCUCAGUGCCUUUUUAAUUUGUUCUACUCUCAUUAAAAGCAUUGAUAAUCAUGUUGGUAAACUCGUGGCUGUAAAACUGUCCCUGACACACUUUAAUAAACAAUAUUUUAAGUAUGGAA